AUGCCUCUCUCUAGAUCUUUUUUCCCUCUCUUCACAGAAGCGGUGACGCAUGAACAGAGGCUGUCCGAAAGUUUGGACAGCGCCUUGAACUCCGCACUUAGCACGAUGCCGUUCACCGCGAGUUUGGCUAAAGGCGGGCAACACGGGCACAGCAGCAGCAGCGGCAGCAGCAGCUCCAGCGAUGUCUGUGGGGCUGGCGGGGCUUACGAGCACGACGGGAACUCUGGCCCCCAGGGAUGCUCUUCCUGUUCCCGCGCCUUUUCUCCCUACUUCAAGACCGAGGCCGUCUACCAGCUCCCGUGCCGGCAUCUGGUGUGUCGCGCUUGUUUGGCUGACCAACCCAAAUCUCCCUCCGUCCUGUGCAUGAAUUGCAAGAGGCUGUUUGCCACCCACGACGUUUCGAGGGUCCACUUUUGAGAGGGAGAAUGGGGGGGGGGGGGGAGCGGGGGGGGCACACCGCGCUCUUGGGGGGGGGGGAGAGGUGGCCCUGUGGCAGGCCUCAUAGUGGUAGCCAAGAGGCAGGACUGUUCCCACUACCCAACCCCCCUUCCCUUCCGCCACGGCCACCACCGAGUCGCACAAUGACAACAAUCCUACACGUGCUGAACUAAAAGACAAAGGAACUGGGGAGGUUGUGUACAGACAGUAUAGAAGGACAGUAGCAUUUUAAAGCUGGAGGAAUCAAAAGGAUAAUAAAGCCAUAUGCUUAUCUAA